CCUCACACACCUGGAUCUGUCUGCGGUCAUCCUCACACACCUGGAUCUGUCUGCGGUCAUCCUCACACACCUGGAUCAGUUCGAUGGAGCAGAGAGGAGAUUUGACAGCGAUGUGCUGCUGCUGGAUCCUCUUCAACUCCGUGCUGGCGGACGACUGGACCCACACUGAGGACGAUCUCUUCAGGAGGCUGUUCGGGGGCUACAGCAAGUGGACGCGUCCGGCGCGGAACGCCACCGACGUGGUUAUCGUCAAGUUCGGCCUCUCGAUCGCACAGCUGAUAGACGUGGACGAGAAGAAUCAGAUGAUGACGACCAACGUGUGGCUGAAACAGGAGUGGACCGACUACAAGCUGCAGUGGAGCCCCGCCGACUUCGACAACGUGACGUCCAUCAGAGUUCCUUCGGAGCUCAUCUGGGUGCCGGACAUCGUGCUGUACAACAACGCAGAUGGAGAGUUCGCCGUCACCCACAUGACCAAGGCCCACCUGUUUCACACCGGUCGAAUCCGCUGGGUGCCCCCGGCCAUCUACAAGUCCUCCUGCUCCAUCGACGUCACCUUCUUCCCGUUCGACCAGCAGAGCUGCAAGAUGAAGUUCGGCUCGUGGACGUACGACCGCGCCAAGAUCGACCUGGAGCCCUUCGAGACCACGGUGGACCUGAAGGAUUACUGGGAGAGCGGAGAGUGGGCGAUUGUCAACGCCGUGGGCACCUACAACACCAAGAAGUACGACUGCUGCCACGAGAUCUACCCCGACAUCACCUACUACUUUGUCAUCCGUCGCCUCCCGCUGUUCUACACCAUCAACCUCAUCAUCCCCUGCCUCCUCAUCUCCUGCCUCACCGUCCUGGUCUUCUACCUCCCGUCGGACUGCGGCGAGAAGAUCACGCUGUGCAUCUCCGUGCUGCUGUCGCUCACCGUCUUCCUGCUGCUCAUCACCGAGAUCAUCCCGUCCACGUCGCUGGUCAUCCCUCUGAUCGGGGAGUACCUGCUCUUCACCAUGAUCUUUGUCACGCUGUCCAUCGUCAUAACCGUGUUCGUGCUGAACGUCCACCACCGGUCGUCGGCGACUCACACCAUGCCUCGGUGGGUUCGAAGGCUUUUUCUGACCGCCGUGCCGCGCUGGCUGUGCAUGAAGCGCCCAGACCACGGUCUGAGGCCUGUGAGGCGGCGUCACCUGACUGAUAAACUCCUCCCUGUCCGGGCUCCAGGCCCCUCCCACGGAAGCUCCACCUGGCUCACUCAGGAAUCCGACAUCGACCUCCACAGCGGCCACCAGCUCAACACUUUGGACACUGGGGACGAGAUUCACUACUGCGACCUUCACCGUGACCCACACGCAGAUCAUCUGAGGAGGUUCGGGGUGAAGAUAGACGGCCGGCUGAGGAUUUCCUCCCUCUCUCCGCCGUCCCCUCGAUUCCUCGGCUACACUCUCCUCCCACAGAGGCGGUCCACGUUCAGCUUAGACUGGGACACCCCUCCUGCGGAACGUGGUUCGAUCCAGAGCCCGUCGGCCUCUCUUCUGUCCCCUGCGGUGGUGUCGGCCCUGGAGGGGGUGACCUACAUCGCGGAGCAUCUCAGAGCAGAGGACGCAGACUUCUCAGUGAAGGAGGACUGGAAGUACGUUGCCAUGGUCGUGGACCGGAUCUUCCUGUGGAUGUUCAUCAUCGUGUGUCUGCUGGGAACGGUCGGACUCUUCCUGCCGCCGUGGCUCUCUGGGAUGUUGUAAAAAACAAAUUAGAUAUCCAAGGAAAUAUUAAAAUUAAUUCAGUUAUCAAUAAUAGAUAAUUCAUUCAGAUGAGGUGGAGUAGUGGGACGUCUAUAUGCACAGAAGGAGACUAAAACACAUAUUUUAAUUUCUUACUCCUUUUUGACCUGAUUUCUUUUUUUUUUUGUCUGAAAUUUGAUAAAUCUAAAUCGAGUCUCUUUCAGCUGCGGAGUGACGACAGACACUUUAACACUCAAGAUGUGAUCCAAUCACUCGUGAGGCCGAGAGAGGAAUGAGUUCCUUCAUCUAUAACUACUGAGGCCCUGAUUGGCUAAUUACGCUAAAUGAAACUAGCUGUCGGUCAAAGAUGCUAUGACUUCUCUUUGCUCCUCACUGUAAAGUCUCCUUCGUUACCAUCAACAUGAUGUAUUCAGGUCAGCAGUCCAGUCGUUAAAAGUAACUAAAGAGCCUGAAGCUAAUUUUCAGUUAACAGUUUAAGCCUGUAGUAACACUGAGAGGAUAAGAGACAAAAUCAAUAUUCAUCCCAAUACACAUUGCUUUCCUGCCAACUGAUCUGCUGUUGUUGUUUUUUUUACUCACGGGGGAUUUCUUUCUCUUCUGGCUUCUUAGAUAUUGAAAUAAAACAGGAAAUAAUAAUCCGCUGACAUAAGUAUGUAGAGAAGUGGGCGUGGCUUUAUUUUGAGAGGGUACAAGUUGUAAUUUCUACCUUACAAAUACUUAGAGACCUUUCAUGUGGAUCAACUGAAACAUUCAGAGUCGUAACUCUUAAGCGCAGCAUAUAAAUUAAACAUAUUUUCCACUCAGCCAGAUGGUGUCAAAUGGUGGUGUGGAGAAAAUGGCAAACAAAAUAUAAUCAUAUUUUACUUUACAAGAUAAAAAAGGAUUAAAUGUUCAAAAGACAAAUGAGGUUGUGAAAUUUAACAAUGAAAGUAAAAAGGUGUACUAAAUUGUAUGUAUAGUUGAGUAUAAUAAAAUAGUUAAAAGCAAGUGAGAACAUCUUUUGUUUGGGACAUUUAGUUGAACUAACCCUUUAAAAUUGCAUUUUCAUGUUCUCACCAGCAGGGAGCUGCAGUGUGACAUGUUCACAAACUGAGGGCUUCAUGAACGUCGGUUGUUUUCACUCGUGGUCACACACUUGAUUUUGUUUAUUGACAGGUGUUUAUUCAUUUGUUUGUUCUAUGAUUUUUUUUUAAUGAUUGAGAAAAACACUUGAAGCCAACUUCUACCACCAGGCAAGGCAAGACAAAUGUUUUUAUAGAGCGUAUUAUAUAUUUCAACCCAAAUAUGGAAUGCCAGCUUAGUCAAUAUUAGAUAAAUAAAUAUGUCUGUAAAAUGAAUAAACGUGUCAUUAUGAAAUAAAAGCGCCCCGAAAUAAUUACAGGUUGUUUUCAAAUACUAAUACAUUUCUAUAUAUACUCAUUUAUAUAUUAAGACUUAAGUUUGAUCAUAUGUUUAUUGUCCCAUUUAUUUCAUAGGCACAUUCAUUUCUUUAUUUGUUUGUUUGUUUGUAUGAUAUUGAGUAAAAUGUCACCUACAACCCAAAAUGCUUUUGGCAAAAUCACAAAAAAAAAAAAAGAUCAAGCAAAUGCAAACACACAAACUAACUAUAAUGCUGAUUGUGAUAUGAAUUGUUUUUAUAUCACAAAUAAGCAACACAACUUAGAAACUUCAUCACAGUAAAGAAAAGUCAAUAAAAACACGGUUCGUGUUUCCUCAUGACCUGACGAUUAAACACAUUUUAUUCUGGUCUCGGCUGGAAAAACAUCCAUCAAAUUUGGAUUUUAUGGAUUUUUCACAGGCAGCUCUCGUGUUGGUUAUGAUGUUCGCAAAUAUAUAAAGUUAUAUAUAAACAACUGUACCAGCUGCUGUGAAACUGGCCAUAGAUCCACAGAGCUGCACGUCUAAUUAAUCCAUUGAUCUGCGGCCUUUAAUUUUUUUCCUAACGCGUCUUUGACAGUUGUAGUCAUGAGCGAGUUUCCUCAGGAAAACUCUGCUGGUCCCUUAACUUUUCAUCUAACGACAUUUUUGUGCAAAUUUACAAAUAUUAGCGCACUUAUGGGCUAAAGUUGAUAGCACAAACAUUAUACUUGCAUAACUCGAAGCAGUGCUAUGGAGAUGUGCUGUCCCUCCCUGUGGAACACCUUGGGACCUUAUUCAGAAAAAGUAGUAGUAGUUAUUUUGAAAGAGUUGUGCAAAAGGACAUAUCAAUAUCAAAUCAAAGUUUUUGGCAUUCCAUCUUCCUUUUUUUGUUUCUUUUUGGCGUUAUAAAACAAGUCCCCAUCUGCUUCGGUUGAUUAGCAGAAUGCCGCAUAUGAUGCACCGGAAAUGUUUGGCGGUCUACGAAACACCACCUGACCUUCAUGAGGCUGAGGGGAUAAUGACCCGGACAUAUUGAUUUAACAUCAGACCUUAAAUGAUCUCAGGCAGGCUGACAGAAGAGUCUGUCUAAACAAGGCCGACGCCUGAAGCAACGCCGAAGAAUAACACGAUUCAACCCGAUAAAAAGCAGGACUAACCUUAGGAGGUCAUACUCUUAUUUAAAUCUGACGUGACAUAAAACUGAACUAUAACACGUCAUAACUAUAUGUAUGUACAGUGGCUUGCAAAAGUAUUCACCCCACUUGUCUGUUUUUUUAUGUAAAAAAAUUAAAACCAUGUAUCAUUUUCCUUCCACUUCACAAUCCUGCACCACUUUGUGUUGGUCUGUCACAUAAAAUCCCAAUAAAACACAUUUACAUUUUCUGCUGAGCCCAACAACAUGCUUACACAAAACAUCGGCUCGCGUCAUUUUCACAUUCACUGCAGGGUGUGAAAGAAAGAAAGAAAGAAAGAAAGAAAG